GGAUAUAUUUAUCGCCGCUUAGACUUAUUGCAUAUAAAACUAAUAAAUAACUCCCAGCCUUGUUGUGUUUAAGAUAACAAUAGAAAUUGUUUUAUUAUCGCGUGGUGGAAGCAAUAAGUGGAUAUCGUGCCCGGUGGAGAGAUGAGAUAUAUAUAACGGUAAAUUCAAACAAACGCAAUGGGUAAAAAAAAUAAAAAUCGAAAAGAAGUAUCAAACGCAGAACAAAAUAAUGAACAGAGUAAUGAAAUACCCACAAAAGAUGUUGAACCUCAAAAUAAUAGCACCGAAACAAAGAAACGAAAAAAGAAAAACAAAUCAAAUGUAAACAUGCAAAACGAGAAUAAUGAUGCAAAAAAACCUAAAAAAAUUAAAUUUGGUGAUGAUGGUGAAGUCGUGGAAGAAUUGCAUGAAGAUACUAGUACUAGUCAAGUAGCAAAUAAGAAUGAUGAUAAAACACUUGUAAAUAUAAACGAAAAUGAUAUAAAAGAUGAAGAUAUCGAUCAGUUCUGUGAUGAAGUUGAUGAAGAAGACAAUAAACAGUAUGAAAGUUGGAUAGCAUUACUUGAAGAAAAAUUAGGAGGAUCUAAGGCUAAAGUUAAGAAUAAAAGCAAAACAAAAUAAAACUGUGUUUUAGUUUAAGUAAAUUAUAUUAUAAUUAGUAA